UGGCGCGCUACUUUGAGCGUGGCGUCUGGUGCCGAGCUGACGCCUCCUCCCUCCGCUGCAGCGGGAGAGCCAGCCUGGAGAAGGGACUGUCGGGAUAGUCGGAAGUGAGGGUCUGGGAAGGGGAGUGGUUCGGGGCUGCUGCGCAGCGCGCCAGGUUUCCGCAGCAGCCCUGCACCCCUCCGGGUCGCCUCCAAACGCAACGCUGCAACCAUGCCCCUCCACGUGAGCCUCGCCAACGGCAACCGCGACCUGGACUACGACUCGGUGCAGCCAUACUUCAUGUGCGACGAUGAGGAGGAGGACGUGCACCAGCAGCCCCCGCAGCCGCCAGCGCCCAGCGAGGACAUCUGGAAGAAAUUCGAGCUGCUGCCCACGCCGCGCCCGUCCCCGGGCCACCCCGGCCUCUACUCGCCUCCCUGCGAAGCGGUCGCCGCGUCUUUCUCCCCCAGGGAUCACGACGGUGAUAGCUUCUCCACCGCAGACCUGCCCGAGCUGCCAGGAGACGCGGUGAAGCAGAGCUUCGUCUGCGACCCGGACGACGAGACCUUCGUGAAGAACAUCAUUCUGCAGGACUGUAUGUGGAACGGCUUCUCGGCCUCCGCCAAGCUGGUGUCCAAGCUGGACCCCUACCAGGCUGUGCGCAAAGAAGGCGCCAGCGUGAGCCCGGCCGCCGACGCGGAGCCUGCUACGCCUCCAGACUGCACCUGCAACACCUGAGCGCACAGCACCGGGGCUUUGGACUGUAAGCUUCAGCCAUGAUAACGGCCUCAAAUUCUGGGCAUAAGAGAACCCUCCCUUCCCCCUUUUCUUUUUUAAGCUUGCCAUCCUCCCUCACUCCCCUUAUCAGAUUUGUAUUUGUUUAAAAAAAAGAAAUCUUAAAGUAUAUCAAUUUCCAACGUCAGCUGGACCCUUAAAUGUAAAUAACUUCAAUAAAACAUUUUAUCAGUUAUACAAAAUCUAA